GCUAGUUUCUAAAUAAAGCCUCUACGACCGAGAAAGGCGUUCAUUAACAGAGGUCCGAUUUUUGUGUGUGUUUGGGCGCUCUAUUUGUAUUGUGUUAUCUGUAAUUUCUCACAUAGUGUUGCAAUUGCAGCGCAAUAUAUAUUAAACAACAAUGAGUGACGCCGAGAAGGAAUUCGUGAAGCGGGUUAAGGUUGGAAGAAGAGAAAUCUGGAUGAAGUCAAAUGUCAAGUUGUUAAUGCGAAUAAUUUGAAGCUGAAUUUUCAGUGCAUGCUAAUAUUGCGGAGCAAAAGAAGUUCCCAUAUAGCAGUUAUGGGCAGUGAGAGAAAUGGGGGAAGAGGAAUGAAGUCAGAAAUGAAAUUGAAACUGAAGAAAGAAGAAAAGAUGUGUUAUGAAGUUAAGAUCAGAAGUUAUCUGGGAUAAGAUCGCAGCGCUAAGUAACUCUUAGAGUCCCGUUCGGCCUCUAGGAGCGCAAGUCCUAGAGGAUCUGCUAAGUCAGCCAGUCGCUCGCCGGAUCACUCACCUGCUCAGUCAAAAGAGGGGUCCCGCCACUCUCGCUCCAAGUCUCGUUCUCGCUCCAGGUCCAAGACUAGGUCUCGUUCCCAUCGGAGCUCUCGCAGACAUUACAGUCGUUCCCGCUCGCGCUCUCAUUCUCGCCGAAGACGUUCACGCAGCCGUUCAUACAGCAGCGAAUACCAUCGCCGCCGCAGUCAUAGCCACUCUCCUAUGUCCAACCGUAGACGGCAUGUUGGUGACAGGGCAAACCCAGAUCCAAACUGCUGCCUGGGAGUGUUUGGGCUGAGCCUGUACACUACAGAGAGAGACCUGAGGGAGGUCUUCUCCAAGUAUGGCCCUCUGAGUGACGUCUCCAUCGUGUAUGACCAGCAGUCUCGGCGUUCCAGGGGUUUUGCUUUCGUCUACUUUGAGAACAGAGAAGAUUCAAAAGAGGCUAAAGAGCGUGCAAAUGGUAUGGAGCUAGACGGCCGGAGAAUUAGAGUCGACUACUCGAUUACAAAGAGGCCACACACACCUACUCCUGGAAUAUAUAUGGGCAGACCAACAUAUGGCGGAGGUCCGAGUGUAAGUCGUCGCCGUGAUUACUAUGAUCGAGGCUACGAACGUGGAUAUGAUCGUUACGAUGACCGUGACUACUACAACAACAACAGGUCAUACAGGAGAAGAUCCCCCUCUCCAUACUACGGCAGAGGACCAUACAGGUCACGAUCACGCUCUCGCUCCUACUCCCCUCGUCAUUACUGAAGUGAAGUUCGACUCCUCUCACCCUUCCUGAAGACGAUGAUGACAAUGACAUUGUUGAUGACGUAGAUGUUGAUUUCUGGUGGCAUGAGUUUGGAUGUACUUUAAAUUCAGUCCCUUCGAUUUCUUGCCUAAAGGUUUCAUGUGUCUUUGACCGGUCUGGAUGUUUCAGUAGUUGGAUGAAUAUUUUUGAACUGUUGUUGUUUUUGUUUUGUUUUUUUCCUCCCCAUUUCCGAUCUGAUGCAGAAUUUGCGUUUAUUUUGUAAUAUGAUAGUGUCCGGCUCACACCUCCUUGUUUUUAUGCAUUUUAAGCUUAGUGGUGGUCUUGCAAUAAACUGCUUUAUACCUCCCA